UACAACUACAUUAUACACGGUCUCAUUCUUCUGUCAGCACAGGAAACGAGCUGAACAUUGCCUCAGACUCAUUCACUUGUUCAAAUAUCUGCACUUCUCACAUACACCACUCUCUCUUAUUCUGGUAUUUAUCUCACUAUUGACCUCUAUUAAUGACCAUCAGCUCUUCAUAGAACACCGCUAUAAACUCUCUGGAUUAAGCCAUGGAACUCUUAUUUCCUGUGCUUGUCUUCUGUGUGUGUCUUUCCUUUAUCUCAGCAGUGAAAGCAACUCCACCAGUUUUAACACCUCAGCAAGAAACAAGAAUCACCAGCAACACCUCAGUGACUGAGGCCCCUGCAGCACUAAGCGUAACUCCAGCACAGCACAGAGGCACUAUAAGCAUUUCAGGAGACCUUAAUAUAACCACUCCUGCCAGCUUUUCAGGAAAAACCAAGUCAGUUAGUCUAGCAUCAACUACAUAUUCAUCGCACAUGAAUGAAAACUCUAAUAUGGAAUUGAGCAAAACUCCCUCCUCCUCCUCCUCCUCCUCCUCCUCCUCUGUAGCUAAUAAUUCAGGUUAUGAUACUGAACUUUCUGAAAGCCUCGUAACUAAAGAGAUCACAAACAGAAGCUCACCAGAGGAUGCUACACAAGACACACCCACAAAUUUGCAAAGCAACAGUCUCACAAUGUUAGCCUUUGGUGUGAUGAGUUUCAUUCUUGUUUUGAUCGUUGUUAUGGUAAUCUUAGUAACAACUGUUAAUCUCAAAGGACGGUGUCAUAACACAAAGGAGGAGGGUGUUAAAGGCUCUAUGAUGUUGGAAAGCAAUAUACCCAGCACUAGGGAGAAAGAAAACAUCACAUUGGUCUCUGUGCGGUCAAUAAACACAGACACUGACACAGAUUCACCACAGAUAUCAUCUGUCCACAGUACAAUACUCGACAAUGAAGAACAAGACCUCAGCAGAGAUCUCCUCGGUGUCAGAACAGGACAAUAAACUCACUCAGCACUCUUUAACCCCCACUCAUACACAGAUGGUGCAAAGCUGUCUGUUCAUGGCCCUUUUAAACUACAACUAACAACAGUAUUUAAAAAGCUGAAGAUUCAACUUAUUUUUGCAAAUAUAGACAAUUAAAUGACUCUCAAUUGCUUUCUGGUUCUGCUCAGUGGUUAAGGUACUUGACUUAUCAUUGGAAGGUUGCUGGUUCAAUCCCCACCAUUGGCACUGCUGGUCCCCUAGGCAAACCCCUUAACCCACAAGCUGUACUCAGUCAUAACUAAGUUGUUUUGGCUAAAAGCGCCAGCUAAUUGCUGUAAAUGUAAUUUUAAAAAAACUAGCAGUGUUAAAAACAAACUCAGUAAAUUUGAAGGUCAAAGUGUUGUUGUCCACUCUUCUUUCCACCCAUAUUAGACAUUCAGAAUCUAUAUAGGAGAGGCGAGGUUCAGGAGAUUCCCCGAUUCGAGUUCCCAAAUACCAGCCCUCAUCUGUUGUCCAAUACGAGUCACUGUACCUUUAGUUUGGUCAAUGUUGUAUUUCCGCUUCCUGUUAGCAAUGGCGGUUGCUACUUGUAUUUAGAUUUGUUCGCGUCUUGGUCAGAUAUGCUAACAAGUCUUACAAAAAAAGCAAGUGUGGCAUAGUUUCAGA